UGCCCGCUGCGCACCAACACCUGCGCUUCCCGGAGUCCGACUUCCCGGGCUUCUCUCCUGCUGGGCGGAGGGGAGGCGGCACCUUGGGAGGCUGUCGGGCCGCGGGGGGCGGGACCGUGGCUCACCUCCGAACACCUGAAGCUGGGUUGAACAGAGAACUGCAGCGAGACCAUUUGGAGCCUCCAAGCUGGAGUUGGAACUGGAGUUCCGUGGGGCCGGGGCCCCGGCUGCUGGGCAGCGGCUCCUCCAGGCUGACGUCCAGGCGAAUGAACCAGAGACUGUGGCGGAUUCCCGGCCGAGCAGCCGGGCCCGGACCGUGCUGCGCUGGUUCACCACCGCGAUCCUGUGUGCCGCCUUCCUGGGGCUGGGAAUGAGUAUCGCUAUAUUGGGACCCACGUUUCAAGAUUUGGCAAGGAAUGUGAACAGAAACAUCAGCAGUCUUUCUCUCAUUUUUGUGGGCCGUGCCUCUGGAUAUUUGUGUGGCUCUAUGAUUGGUGGAGUUCUUUUUGACUGUAUGAAUCAUUUUUUACUUUUGGGGUCUUCACUGUUGGCUACCACAGUUGGUCUUUAUGUUAUUCCUUUUUGCAAGGCAGCAGUGUUACUGAUUCUCAUGAUGUCUAUCAUUGGUGUUUCAAUGGGCAUUCUGGAUACAGGUGGUAAUGUCCUCAUCUUGGAUAUUUGGGGGGAUGAAGGAGCCCCACACAUGCAGGCCUUACACUUCAGUUUCGCCUUAGGUGCCUUUCUGGCUCCACUUCUGGCUAAAUUGGCCUUGGGUACCACAGUGUCUGCUGAGAACCACACAGAGCCUGACUUUCAGCCUCCAGCCACCAAUGGAUCAUCUGAAGCUGACUCAGCCUCUCUGUUUGGUUUGCCUGAUAACAUGAAUCUCCUGUGGGCUUACGCUUUUAUUGGCACUUAUAUCUUCAUAGUGUCUGUCUUCCUGUUUGCUCUGUUUUUCAAGAAAAGCUCAAGGCAGGAAAAAUCAAAAGCAUCUGCUCAGGGAUAUCGAAGAGCUGAAUAUCACAAGAGCCUUCUCUGCCUCCUUUUCCUGUUCUUCUUUUUUUAUGUUGGAGCAGAGGUAACAUAUGGCUCUUAUGUUUUCUCCUUUGCCACCACCCAUGCCGGCAUGGAAGAACGAGAAGCAGCUGGGUUGAACUCCAUCUUCUGGGGGACCUUUGCAGCCUGCAGGGGCCUGGCAAUCUUCUUUGCUACCUGUCUACAGCCUGGCACCAUGAUUGUGUUGAGCAACAUUGGCAGUCUGGCUUCAUCUUUGUUUCUGGUGCUUUUUGACAAGAGUCCACUUUGUCUCUGGAUUGCCACUUCAGUGUAUGGGGCCUCAAUGGCAGCCACAUUUCCCAGUGGUGUUUCCUGGAUUGAGCAGUACACAACCGUAAGUGGGAAAUCUGCAGCCUUUUUUGUAGUCGGUGCUGCCCUUGGAGAAAUGGCUAUUCCUGCAGUAAUUGGAAUUGUUCAAGGACAAUACCCAGAUUUGCCAAUAGUUCUGUACACCUGUUUGGGGUCAUCAGUAUUCACUGCUGUUAUAUUUCCUGUGCUGUAUAAAUUAGCCACUUUGCCUCUGGAUCGCCAGCGAAAAGCAAUCAGAAAGAGUGAGGACCAAAAGGCUUUGCUUUCCAACUCUGAGCUAAAUGACUAUGAGGAGGAAAAUGAAGGGGAGGAUGCAGAACAAUGGAAUGAAAUGGAUUUUGAAGUGGUUGAAAUGAAUGAUACAAUGAGACAUAUUGUCACAGAAAAUUCUGGAAAUAUUUUGAUUGAACCCAGAGCUGAUGUCUCCACCCAAUUCCUAUCAAGUACAUUAAUAUUUGAGUCUUCUCCAGUUAAUACUGCUGAUUCCCCUGUGAAACACCUUGCCAGAAACCUGAACAAAAGGGACUAACACUUUGAGAAGAUGAAUUAUUUACUGACUGCCGUGAAUAAAUGCCACUUCUAAAGAGGGCAGAGCAGCAUUAGCAGAUUUCAGCAUGCUUUGGGGAUCAAAGUUUCCAGGCCCACUUAUAGUAAAUGCUGAAAAUUUGGAGUGUUCUAAUGCUCAGUGUUUCCCACAAAGUAUCAAUUGCUGUGGUACAGUAGGACCUUGUUAUGAGACUAUUGUUUGUCAUAGACUGAUUAGGUAAUGUUUUCUGGUCUCUACCUUUCAGAGCACACAGAAAUCUUUUUUUUUUUUUUCCUUGAGAAGUUGGGUAGUGUUCUACUAGAACAAAAGCAGUAUGUGUGGGGUGGAUAUUCCAUUCAACUAUCAGGCAUUCAUAUUCUGUCUGGGAUGUUGGGCAGAGAAAUUUCAUGAAAGAUCAUCUCUGGAAACUGAUAGUUGUUUCUUUUAAUUACUUUACCUUAUCUGUAUCGUUGCACCAAAGAUUGUUAAAGACUCAUUUCAUAUUUGAUUUCUAGGCAGAGAACACAGAGCUGGACCCAAGAGACUGGGUUUAAGACAUGAGUCUGGCUGAGGGCUCUCGAUGUAGGUCUGGCUUAUGUUGUCACUUGAUCCGUGACUCUAGACGUAGUAGUGAGAUGAGAUCCAAAUUGAGAAACUCGUUAAGUUUUAAGGUUUGUACAGGUUGACAGCUAGAGCAGCACAUUUUGUUUCAAAUUGAAACAAAAAUGAUAAAUAGUUUUACAUAUGUGCUAUUGUUUAUGAAUUCAUUCCAAUUUCAUAUGCUCUAUAUUAAAUAUGUUCUUCAGAAAAUAUUCUGAAGAAUACUUUUUUGGGGGGGUGGGGAACUGAAAUUGAACCCAGCAGUUCUUUACCACUGACUUACACUUGCAACCAGCUUUUUUUUUUUUUUUUUAAUUUUGAGACAGGAUCUGAGUUGCUGAGGCUGACCUGGAACUUGGUGAUCCUCCUGUAUCAGCCUCCCCACUCACAGGGAUUACACCAUCACACCUGGCAGGAAUACAUUUUUAAUGUUGCAUUUUGUUGAUCCUAAGAUAUACCUUGACCCCAUACUUUAAUGUCUUUAGAAGUGCAUAUACUUAUAAUCAGUGAUCUUUUAAUAUUUUGAGAAAUCUUGUUGGACUUUUUUUUUUACUAUAUGUAUAUACAAAAUAAGGUUGUAUUUUACAAUCAGUGUCUUAGGUUCAGUGAUAGACAGUAAAUCAUUCAAUUGUGGAAAUUAUAUUUGCAGAUAUUUUUGAAAGAAAACUUAUUUUUAUAUGCUAAUUUAAUCUCUAGUGAUAUACAAAUGGAAUUUGGAGAUACCAUGUUCCAAUAUUAGAAGCUAUUUGUGUUAGUACAUUAGUAGUAGAGGUAUAGAUGGGUCUUUUGAGGCCCCUGGCCUACCUCAGUAACAGAAGCUGGGUCUAGGUCUUUCUGUUUCAAGACUUUGACCCUCACUGGAUUUGGGUGACAAUCCCAGUAUAAGUACUGUGAACCAGGCUAAAAGUUCAGUUUACAAUGAGGCACAGACUUUUCCAGGGUUUGGAAUUCUUGUGUCACCCACCAUCCUCUUCCCUGAGUUUGAAAUACCUGGGAAACCAAAGUAAAAUUAAGAAGAUGGAGGGCUGGAGGAGUAGCUCAGUGGUAGAGAGCUUGCCUAGCAUGCUAAAGGCCCUGAGUUCAAUCCCCUGUACUGGGAUUGGGGGUGUCAGACAGAAGGUGGCUUAGUGAUCCAGGCAUCAGGGAUGAGAAGGGGAACUUCAAAUGAGUAUGGCCAGACUGGUGUGUCUGUAAUUGCUGAGAGAUUUUGUAUAUUUUCCCAAGUUUUGUGCUGAGUGACCUCAAGUUUCUAUCAGAAUGCAGUGUGUUUGCUUUCUCUUACCUAAUUUCUAUAAAUUUGUUUUUGAAAAACAAUUGCUUUGGUUUGUCUUACGCGAAAUGCAGUACCUUUCUUAACCACUUUUCCUUUACCUUACAGCUUUCAAUUCAAGUUGAGAACCUAACAGCUUUGGAGAGGGCUAGUGGGGAAAUUGAUGAAAACUCUGCCCUUAGGAGGAGAGCAUCCUGUUCUGAUCCUAAAACUCUUUGGUCCUUUGCCUUGCUGAAGAAUGAGCCAGAGCCGGAAGCAUUUCAGAAAGAAGACAUUUACCUGCAACAAAAGCAAGAGAGGGUCUCUCUUGCCAAGUAAAAAACACAAUAUCUGAAGGAAGAGUUUAAAACUGCCAAGAUUUCUGAGUCUGCCUAAGUCUAUUCAUGGUGGAAAAAUAGCAAAUGCUUCAUUGUUAUCAUGUUUACAAACAUCACAAUAAAUCUUCUAACGUAGUAUAGCAAAAACCGUGGACAAAAUUGCUUUUGCUAGAGCUUCCAGCUUUAUGGGAAACAUUCACGAUUUUACUGUUUUUGAUUAAAACCAUUUAGAGGACCCUACCAUUUUUGUUUUAUCUUAGGGUGGAAUGUGUUUUACUCCUGACUGUGAAAUGGGAAAUGCUUAGUGAUAUUUUGCUUCUGUAGCCCUCCCAAAAUUAUAAAUUGUAGGAAGAAAAAUAUGACCUAAAGGGAAAACAUGAUUGCAGAAUGUAUUCUUGUUCUCAAUCCAAGUGAUAAGUCUUUGCUCCAGUGGUUUUUAGUCCUGGCUGCUGUAAGAAUCACCUGGCAGUAUAUCAAAACUUCCAAUGCCUAGUACAUUUACUUAAAUACCAAUUUACUUGGUCUGCAGUGGAGCCUGAGUGAUAUUUUGAAAAUUCCUUGGUAAGUGUAAUGCUCAGUCAAGGCUGAGAACCACUACCUUUGACAAUGCAGAGAACUGGAUCCUUCUCUGUCGGUCAGAGGGAUUUUUUUUUUAGGCUAAUUUACACCUUGGUUAAGUCAUGCUGCUUUGUAGAAGAUUAAUGCUCUGUGCAUUUUUUUGAAAGACAAGUUGAGAGGAAGAGGUCUUUCUAUUACCUCCACUGCCUCGUGGUCAAAUCACGGAAAUAGUCAAUGCUGUUCUUUGAAGUCUUGCCAAGAGUAAAAGCGAUCUAAGAUUUUCUGCAUGUUGACCUUCCACGUGGGUUUUCACUUGUCAAUUUGGAUCUUGGGGCUUAAGCAGGUAGGAAUGAUUUUGUAGAUUUACUACAUCUGAGUAUCAAUGCAUUCACUGUUUUCAUGCCUUUGUAGAAAACAAAAGCAUGUUUGAGAAAUAUGUUGAUAUAAAUAAAUACUGAUGUUGGU